GUUUCGCAACGCACAAUCUGGCUCUUCCGUCGUCAACAGAACGCGCGCCAGGUCAAUCUAAACCGGUGGUCGACGGUCGACAUCCGUUUCCGAGGGGUGUUUAAGACCCUUAAGAAGGUACCGCUCUUUCGCAAGGGCUUGUAUGAAGAUGAUGCAGGCCAUGGGGAUCCUCCGGCGCGGGGAUACGACUUUGCCACUGCCGUUAGGGCCCAAGGACAAGUCGUCUAUGCGCUCCUUGACGAGAUCCUGGGUGCCUUGAGCAUCACGCGUGAAACAGAGGAUCCCGAGUCUUAUUUUUAUCUUCGUGCACGACUGCUCAACUGUCAAUUGGAAUACUGGACUGGAUAUCGCGAGAAGUACAAGGAUGCCCCGAUUACGGCGGGAUUGCUAGCCCUCGAGUAUUACCCGGAGCAACACUCUACGCGUGCGGUUCUCCCUGUUUCUACAACAACAGAGAAGCAUGAAUUGCUGAAAUCAGCCCUGGAAGGAAAGUUUCAGCUGCUGCUCUCGCAGUUGCUCAUGAACAUCCACCGCUUGCACCCCCCUGGCGACAAGUUCCCCGACCAAGAAGUGUUUCUGAUCGGCCUGCACGGAUCCCGGUUGCAUAUAUUUCGGGGUAUCUUCCCCGGACACAAGACCUCUCGGCUCUGGAGCGGCCGGCACAAUGCAUCCGGGACCGACAUGGAGAUGAGACGGCUCGUUGUCAGCAAUGCCAACCAGCGGUUCUACGGCCGGCAGAAUCUGGAGCAGUUCAUGCAGAAGGUCGAGUGGCUCCAACUGUCAACCUCUGACAGCGAGCCGGACCCGCGCGUCUUUCGCAUCCUGGGGAGUAAAGAGUACGAUCUGUGGGUCGAAUCGGACUUUUACGCUGCGCUGCGCUUGCUGGUGGGCUUGGUCAUGUAUCUGAUGAGCGGACGCGCACGGUGUGGCAUCCUCCAAUAUAGUUUUAGUUGCUCGCCGUACGACGAGGAUGACGAGCCCGACUCGGAGGAUGAGGAACUGCGAAGGAAGGCCGCGCAGGAGGAAGAAGAUGUGGUCUCACAGGAACAGAAGCUGAGGGCCUUGAAGAGGCAAAAACGGGAGGAGGAUCAGGAGCGGUUCUGGAGACGAGAGGCAAUGCGAUCAUCAACCAAUGACCGCAUUGGAGGAUUCAAGGAUUUUCGUCAACCGUGGUGGGACUGGGUCUGGGAGGACAAGCAUGAUGACGGAUGUGCUAAGGAUGAUGCCGACGUGGUUUUUGAAGGCCCUUAA